AUGUUUCAAAAGUGGUUUGCCUUUCUGGUAGUCGCAGCAAUUCUUCACAAUGCCGCUCCCAAUGUGAUUAGCAACGUCGUCAAAAGAAGUGCGGAUGCUGAUCAUGACGCCUGGAAGCUGUGUGGUAACUACUGUUCGGAUCAUGGUUGCGAAAUAUGCUAUCUUACGGCACCAAGGGACUGUAAAACCGUAUUUUGUCAUUUUAUCUUCAGUUUACCUGGAUCGGCCAAGUGA